AGGAGGCGGGGGGCGGUUAUAAAAAGCCGAGCGCCCCUUUAAUCCGCAGCAGCAGCGGCAGCAGGAGAUCCGGAGCUCUUUCCAGACCUUCUCACCUCAGCCUGAACGACAGGUCAGCAGCCCAGACGUCAUCAUGCCUUUCGGAAACACCCACAACAAGUUUAAGAUGAACUACUCGGCGGAGCAGGAGUACCCGGACCUCAGCCAGCACAACAACCACAUGGCCAAGGUGCUCACGCUGGAGAUGUACUCCAAGCUGCGCGACAAGGAGACGCCCAGCGGCUUCACCCUGGAUGAUGUCAUCCAGACCGGCGUCGACAACCCAGGUCACCCCUUCAUCAUGACGGUGGGCUGCGUGGCCGGAGACGAGGAGACGUACGAGGUGUUCAAGGACCUGAUGGACCCCGUGAUCGAGGACCGCCACGGAGGAUACAAACCAGCAGACACACACAAGACGGACCUGAACGCAGAAAACCUGCAGGGCGGAGACGAUCUGGACCCAAACUACGUGCUGAGCUCUCGGGUUCGGACCGGAAGGAGCAUCCGUGGGUUCUGCCUGCCGCCGCACUGCAGCCGCGGAGAACGACGCGCCAUCGAGCAGCUCUCCAUCGAAGCUCUGGACUCGCUGGAAGGAGACCUGAAGGGGAAAUACUACGCCCUGAAGAACAUGAGCGAGGAGGAGCAGCAGCAGCUGAUCGACGACCACUUCCUGUUUGACAAGCCCGUCUCUCCGCUGCUGCUGGCGUCCGGGAUGGCCCGGGAUUGGCCCGACGCCCGCGGCAUCUGGCACAACGACAACAAGACCUUCCUGGUGUGGGUGAACGAGGAGGACCACCUGCGUGUCAUCAGCAUGCAGAAGGGAGGAAACAUGCGUGAGGUGUUCACACGCUUCUGCACCGGCCUCACCAAGAUCGAAGAUUUGUUCAAGAACCGGGGACACGAGUUCAUGUGGAACGAACACCUGGGCUACGUCCUCACCUGCCCGUCCAACCUGGGGACGGGACUGAGGGCCGGCGUCCACGUCAAGCUGCCCAACGUCAGCAAGCACGAGAAGUUUGGGGAGAUCCUGAAGAGGCUGCGGCUGCAGAAGCGAGGAACAGGGGGCGUGGACACCGCGGCGGUAGGCGGAGUCUUCGACAUCUCCAACGCGGACCGUCUGGGCUUCUCGGAGGUGGAGCUGGUCCAGAUGGUGGUGGACGGAGUCAACCUGCUGGUCAACAUGGAGAAGCGUCUGGAGGGCGGAGAGGGCAUCGACGACAUGAUGCCGGAACAGAAGUGAACUGUCUCACUGUAACCCGACACCACCACCACUCCUCUCCCUCACCUGUCACCCCCCCCACCCCCCCCAGCUCACCUGGCCCGCCCUGCCCCCCCCCCCUCACUGUAAUCAGGCCGUCCUGGAGCUGCAGGACGCUUAGAGCCGCUCGGUUAGACUGCAGUCUUCCAACACGGGAAGGAUUUUCUAUUUCCUUAUCUGCACCUGUUGGAUCCAUCUAACGUCUGAAAUAUCUAAUAAAGUCUCUGUGGCCCAAACUA